UUACUGGAAAUGUUCUUCAAUCUUUAAAAAACUUUUAUAAAGAGAGGCAUGACCCAGUUCUUUGAAAUUGCUUUCUGAGAAGAGUCAGCUUCUUUUUUUGUGUUAAUGAGAUAAGCAAGUCAUAAAAGCUUAUGUGCUUGUUACUUACUCCCCUCCCUUGCCCACACCUGGCUUUUGAAGUGAAAGGCAAGCAGAAAUUCUAAAUCCUUUUAGAAAUAACUCCAGUAAAGACUUAGAACAUGGAAUGCUUUGGUUUGGAAGGGACUGUUAAAGGCCAUCUCCUUCAAGCCCCCUGCAGUCAGCAGGGACAUCUUCAACCAGAUCAGGUUGCUCAGAGCCCCGUCCAACAUGACCUUGAGAGUUUCCAGGGAUGGAGCUUCUACCACCUGGCUGGGAGACCCGUGCCAGUGUUUUGCCACCUUCAGCAUAAAAAACGUCUUCCUUCUGUCUAGUCUGAAUCUGCCCUCUUCUAGUUUGAAACCAUCACCCCUUGUCCUGUCACUGCAGGCCCUGUUAAAAAGUCUGUCCCCACCCUUCUUAUAGGCCCCCUUUAAGGACUGAAAGGCUGCAGUGAGGUCUCCCCAGGGCCUUCUCUUCUCCAGGCUGGACAACCCCAACUUUCAGCCUUUCCUCGUAGGAGAGUGUUCCAUCCCCCGAUCAUUUUUGUGGCCUCCUCUGCACCUGCUCCAACAGGUCCACAUCUUCCCGGUGCUGAGGACUCCAGGGCUGGACACCAGGCUCCAGGUGGGGUCUCGUGAGAGUGGAGUAGAGGAGCAGAAGCCCCUCCCUUGACCUGCUGGUCACUCUUUCUUCGAUGCAGCCCAGGACAUCAUGGUUGGCUUUCUGGGCCACAAGUGCCCACUGCCAGUUCGUGUCCAGCUUUUCAUCCACCAGUGCCCCCAAGUCCUUCUCCCCAGGGCUGCUCUCAAUCCCUUCAUCCCGUCAGCCUGUGUUGAUACCUGUAAGGAGCAGCCUAGGCUCCUCAGCCUGGCAUUGAGUCCUGUUUCCCCAGUGCUACCUCUAUUGGCCAAAGGUGGCUCCUAAGGACUCUUACAUGCUCGAUUGAUUGUUACAUGAGAGUUACUUUGGCAUUUCAUAUCUUACCAGCAAGGAAGAGUUUUGUCCCAUACAUAGAGUCAUCUUGUUUCUGGUGUUCCUGCUCCCAGACAGCUUAUCUCAUUCUUGCCCUCCAUGCUAAAUUAUUCCUGAGUCAUGAAUUACCAUUGCUGAGUAGUUAACAAUUUUAAUUUCCCCUUCAAAAUAUACCAGUUCUAACCAGGACACUUCUGCAAUCUCCCUUUUCCCCUCUUAAGACAGCUGAAGAGGUGUAUCCAGAGAAAAGAAUAGUUAUUUAAAAUAAAAAUUUCAAGCACUGCAGUCCUAUUAGAUUUCACUGUCUAAAUUGCUAAUAAAGCAGGCAAAUCCAAUUUACCACCUAAACCCAAAUUGUUCUAUUCUUCUGCAUGUCUCCUAGUCUACACCUCCCAUUUAAGUUAGUGUUUAUGUUAGCUAUUAACACAGCUCCACUGGCCAAUCAAGUAUUGACUCAAGUUAUAUCCACCUACUAUUCCAGAUACCUGCUGUGGUAGAUUAAAAGUUGAUGUAAUUAAAUAUUGGUCUCACAACUGUGCACACAAUUGCUGUGUUGAUUUUGUGUCAUUAAAAAGAUUCUUGACAGAGGACGAAGCUUACCUGAAAGCUCCUCUGAAAAACACAAUGGACUAUUUAAGAUUAGACUUAGUAAACUCAUUAGGUUACUGUUGAUCUAAUGGGAAGUAUUUAAAUCCUGAUCUAGAUAUAUCUCCAAGAACAUGCACAUAGCACUUAAGUAGAGGAGAAUUAUCAUCUCUCAUUCUCCCUGUUAACAAAUAUAACUGCUUAGAGGCAGAGAAGCAUCAAUUGAAGAAUGUGUCAUUCAAUUAAGUCAAAUUUGUUUAUCUGAGAAAAUGAAACACAAAAAGCAAGCCGACUUGCCAUACAGGAAGCUAACCAGGUCACGGGAUUUCCCACAGACGGUCAAAAGUACUAGUAUAAGUGCAGAGGAAGCAGAUGUUGGGGAGCAAGAAAGGUUGCAAGGUCUCUCAGUGCGAGAAUAAGGCAGAAUUGGAGCACUGGAAAGCAUGAAGUGCUAGACAAAGAGGCUUGAAACUAGAAAGUGAAUAGAAGACUGUGUGUAAGGCUCUGUUAAAUUCCAAAUUGUGAAAUUCUGCAAUGGUACACUGUGGAAAAAAACAUACUUGUGCUGUUGUUACGUGUAUUCUUAUUUUUGCAAGCAUUUUAAUCUGCUCCUGGAGAGAUCCUCACUUACAGAGUAACGUAACCAGAAAAAUCUUCCCUCAGGCAAAAGCUUUCGGUCCAGCAGAUCAGCUUUGUAGGGGAAAACCUGCUCAAAAUGUAAUAACACCAUUAAAAGAUAACAGAACUUUUAUUAUCUCCCCCUACUUUGAUGACCGAGAAAGCAGAGUCACUCGUGUGAUUGGGAUUGUUCACCAUGAAGAUGUAAAACAACUAUACUGCUGGUUCUGCUGCCAGCCCAAUGGAAAGAUACAUGUAUCAAAAGCAAAGAUUGAUGUUCACGCAGAUAGAUUUGGUUUCCCGUACGGUGCAGCUGAUAUAGUGUGUUUGGAACCCGAAAACUGUGAUCCAACACAUGUAUCAAUUAAUCAGUCUCCACAUGGAAAUAUUGACCAGCUGCCAAGGUUUGAAAUAAAAAACCGCAAGGCUGAGACCUUUUCUGUUGACUUCACUGUAUGCAUCUCUGCUAUGUUUGGAAAUUACAACAACGUUCUGCAGUUUAUACAGAGUGUGGAAAUGUACAAGAUUCUUGGGGUACAGAAAGUGGUGAUCUAUAAGAACAACUGCAGCCACCUGAUGGAGAAAGUCUUGAACUUUUAUAUGGAAGAAGGAACUGUAGAGAUAAUUCCCUGGCCAAUAAACUCACACCUCAAGGUUUCUUCUAAAUGGCAUUUUUCUAUGGAUGCAAAAGACAUUGGCUACUAUGGACAAAUCACAGCUCUAAAUGACUGUGUAUACCGUAACAUGCAGAGGAGCAAGUUUGUGGUUCUUAAUGAUGCUGAUGAAAUAAUCCUUCCCCUUAAGCACCCAGACUGGAAAACAAUGAUGAACAGUCUUCAGGAGCAAAACCCAGGAACUGGCAUUUUCCUCUUUGAGAACCAUAUCUUCCCAGAAACUGUAUCUACUGACGAGUUCAACAUUUCAUCCUGGAAUACAGUGCCAGGUGUUAACAUACUACGGCAUGUUUACAGAGAGCCUGAUAGGAAAGAGGUUUUCAAUCCCAGGAAAAUGAUAAUUGAUCCACGAAAGGUGAUUCAAACCUCAGUCCACUCUGUCCUUCAUGCUUAUGGGAACAGUGUGAAUGUUCCCAUGGAUGUUGCUCUCAUUUAUCAUUGUCGGGUGCCCCUUCAAGGUAACCUUCCCAGAGAAUCUCUCAUCAGGGAUACAACGCUGUGGAGAUACAACUCAUCAUUAAUCAUGAAUGUUAAUAAGGUGCUGUAUCAAACCAUACUGUAAGCUUAAAAGUGAAACCUCAGUUAUGAGGAGGGAAAGUGGAGAGCUACCCAUAGCGUGGGACAGCAGAGGAUGUAAUUUAAUGAUCAUAGUGAAAUCACUUCCACAUGAAGUUUACGUCUUACAGAGAUUUAGGAGAACAGCCUUUUCAUGUGCUGUACAAAGGUAAAUCCAUUUGAUUUGUGGACUGAAGGUAUUCAGGGAAAGAUUUUCAAAGCUGAAAAAAUUAUUUGAUCUAAGAAGUCUGGUUGAGGGCUCUGUCCAAUGAUUUUGAGAUGUUUGCACAUGGUUUGAAAAGCCUGAUGAUGUCAUCAUAUGUCUUUGCAGGAAAAUGGUGUGAGGUAACUCUUUUCAGGGAUAUCCAUUUUGAGAUACAUCUUUGGCUCUUAAAGUUAACUGUGUUGGGUUUUCUACAAUUUGAAGUUUAAUAAUGAAAUUUAAUGGUGUCACAAUAGGCAUUUAAUGCUAUGCUGUCCCAAAAAUAAAUUCACUGUAUUUUUUAAGAUCA